GACAUCACGGCCACCUCUUCUCCAUCGCCCAUACUCGAAUCUAUCUCCUUUUGUUCUUUCUCAUAUCUUUCAUUCCACCCUCAAGUUUCGACACAAUCUCAUCCUCAUUACCUCUGCCGUAAAUUGUCCUCGUCGCUCGCUGCCAGUGCGCGGCCUUUUGACGAACCAUGGAGACCUUUGAAAACAUCUAUCUCGAUCUUUCGAAACAGGCAGGGCGAUGCAGAUUUGCAGAGAGCGGUCUUGGAUGGAAACCAAGCGGCGGCAGUGAUCCCUUCACGUUGGAUAGCGGUGAGGUCGCUUCGGCACAAUGGAGCAGAGCCUCGAAAGGCUACGAAAUCAAGAUCAUCACCAGAAAUUCCGGAGUCAUACAAUUCGACGGUUUUGAACAAGAAGACUACGACCGCGCUGCAAAGGCAUUCAAGAUUUGGUACGGUCUGAAUCUAGAGAACAAGGAACAUGCUCUACGAGGUUGGAAUUGGGGCAAGGCCGAAUUUGGUAGAGCCGAACUGGCUUUCAAUGUUCAAAACAGGCCUGCCUUCGAGAUACCCUACUCGGAAAUCUCUAAUACGAAUUUGGCGGGCAAGAAUGAGAUCGCAGUCGAGUUCAACCUAACAUCAGAUCCUUCUCAAGACGAAAGCAGGGGCCACCAAGUAGCCAGCACCAAGAACAGAGGGCACAAGGCUGCUGCGGCUCGAGAUGAACUGGUUGAAAUGAGGUUCUAUAUUCCUGGCACAGUCUCGAAGAAGGAGGUCAACGGUGAUGAGGAAAAUGGUGUUGACAACGAAGAGGAAGAGGAGCAAAAUGCCGCGAACUUGUUUUAUGAGACCUUGAUGGAUAAGGCAGAGAUCGGAGAUGUUGCCGGCGCGACAUUUGCUACGUUCCAAGACAUCUUGCACCUCACCCCGAGAGGACGAUUCGACAUCGACAUGUACGAGAAUUCAUUCCGCCUGCGCGGCAAGACAUACGACUACAAGAUCCAGUAUACAGCCAUCAAGAAGUUCUUCAUCCUGCCUAAAAACGACGAGACGCACACACUCAUCACGCUUGGACUAGAUCCACCACUACGACAAGGCCAGACACGGUAUCCCUUCAUCGUGAUGCAGCUCAAGCUGGACGACGAGGUGAAUCUAGACCUGAACAUGACGGAGGAAUUACUCGAGACCAAGUACAAAGAUAAACUGGAUGCACACUAUGAAGCGCCGAUUCACCAUGUCAUUGCAAAGGUCUUCAAGGGUCUUUCAAACAAGAAGAUCAUCAUGCCCUCGAAAGAUUUCGUUAGUCACCACAACAUGAACGGGGUUAAAUGCUCCAUCAAGGCGAAUGAAGGACUUCUUUUCUGCUUGGACAAGAGUUUCAUGUUCGUCCCCAAACCCGCCACAUACGUGCCGAUAGACUCGAUUCAGAGCAUCACUAUGUCCCGCGUAGGCGGAGCCUUGGCAGCGAGCAGGACAUUCGACAUUAGUAUCACGCUCAAGAAUGGGCAAGGCGAACAUCAAUUCAGCAACAUCAACCGCGAAGAGCAGCAGCCAUUUGAGGCAUUCUUCCAGGCCAAGGGAAUAAGAUGCAAGAACGAGAUGGUUGAUGACACUUCGACCAUGUUGAAACAGGCGCUUGAGGAUCCGGACCUUGCUUCCUCCGACGAUGAAGAUGCCGUUGACCGCGGUUCAGCAGACGAAGAUGACGAUUCCCCCGACGAAGAUUUUGAAGACGAGUCUGAUAGUGAUGUUGCUGAGGAGUAUGAUUCUGCUCACGAGAGUAGUGGUAGCGAUGGUGGAAGCGAUACGGAAAUGCGCGAUGCCCGUGCUGACGCCGACGCUGAUGGAGAUGCAGAUAUGGCCAGUGGUGACGAAGAGGAGCGGAGGCCCAAGAAGAAGGCGAAAAACUAAGUGUUGGCAGAACACUUCGGAAUGUUUUAUAGAAAUAGAACACUCCGGAAUACUUAUGUACGUCCAGUAAUGCGAAGAGAUGAGCUGUCCGCUUUCACGCCCCAAGCGGUCUAGCUCGCCGAGAACAGCAUUUGCAUAUUCCCAUAUAUUCAUGCGUUGCAG